CGUGGACGUGGUGGACGUGGUGGACGUGGUGGAUACCGCAGAGAGAGAUCACCAAGAAGACCAUAUAACGAUUUUGAAGAUUUAAAGGAUAGAACUGCACCAGUUGGUUCUCGCGAGUCUGACAGAAACUUCUCCAAUAGUGUUUUUGUUGGUAAUCUAGGAUUCGACGUGGACUCACAACGUUUAAGAGAUGUAUUUGGAGGAGUCGGUGAUGUUAUCCGUGCAGACGUCAUCACACAGCGUGGGCGUCAUAGAGGUAUGGCCACAGUUGAAUUCGCCACUAGAGAAGAUGCUGAUCGUGCAAUUGACAAGUUGCAUCAGACGAAGAUUGGUGAUCGUGAGAUCUUUGUGAGACACGACAACCCACCACCUGAAUCAGACAGAGAAAGAGAACGUAAACCAAAAUUCGCUGGUCCUCAUUACGAAGUGUUUGUUGGUAACUUACCCUUCAGCGUGAGAUGGCAAGAUUUGAAAGAUCUCUUCAAGGAGGCUGGUAAUGUCAUUCGUGCUGAUAUCAAAAUGGAUGACUACACCCAUCGCUCGAGAGGAUUUGGUAUGGUUUAUUUCGACAACCAAGACGAUGUAAAGGCUGCAAUUGAGCGUUUUAACGGGUAUGAGAUGGAGGGAAGAGCCAUUGACGUCCGUGAAGGUAAGAUCAACUCCGACUCUGCAGCACCAACACAUUUGGAGAGGGACGAGGCCCCUGUCGCUGCAAACAGAAACUCCGACUUCACUCAAGGUGUGGAGGGUGACGGUGAACCAAGCAGUAUCAUCUACGUGGAUAACCUACCAUUUGCCACAAGUAACCAGGAUUUGAUCGAUCUAUUCGGAACAAUAGACACCGUAUCAAAAGCUGAGGUCAAAUACAACGAAGUCGGAAGGGCAGCAGGUGCCGGUGUCGUUGAAUACGUCAAUGAACCUUCCGCUGCAGCUGCUAUCGAAAGCUUGAACGGCUAUAACUAUGGAGGACGUGAUUUGAAAGUGACAUAUGCAAAGAGACCAUAA